CGAGGCGACAGUCAGAUUCUAAAACCUCUCUCAUUCUCAUCUCCACACAAACCCUAUUACUUCCAUUAUUCUUCCAACGUUACACGCCUGCACUCUCCGCCGGCGAACGCCAAUCGGAAGCCAAAAGAUGGGGGCGAAGAGAAAGAAGGAAGACGCUCCCGAAAUGGCCGAAGAUGCCGACAUAGACGACGGUGGCUGUAGGGAUAGGAGGAAUAGGCAGAAAGUAGAGAAGAAGGAAGAGUUCCGGCCGUCGAUGAUAAAGAAUAAGGAGAAGAGAUCCGCCGCCCACGCCAAACUCAAACACCAGAAGAAGCUCGAGAAACGCAAGACCAAGAAGGCUCGUGAAGCUGCUGACAAGCAGGCGCUGGAACUCGGCGAGGAGCCUCCUCAGAGGAGCGUUCCUCGCACCAUUGAGAACACCAGAGAAGCUGAUGAAACUGUUUGCAAGCCUGACGAUGCUGAGUUAUUUGUAGCUAAUGAUGCUGAUGAAUUUAGUUCGAUUUUGAGACGCGAACGGGCUCCCAAGAUUUUGAUAACCACUUGCCGCUUCCAUUCUACUAGGGGGCCAGCUUUUAUUUCAGAAUUACUUACUGUAAUUCCAAAUGCUCAUUAUUACAAGAGGGGAACAUACGACUUGAAGAAGAUAGUGGAAUAUGCAACGAAGGAGGACUUCACUACACUUAUCGUUGUUCACACGAGUCGUAGAGAGCCAGAUGCUCUGUUGGUCACAUCCUUGCCAUCUGGACCCACGGCCCACUUUAAGCUGUCAAAGCUAGUACUGCGGAAGGAAAUUAAGAAUCAUGGAAAUCCAACUGGCCACGUACCUGAGCUGGUUUUGAAUAACUUCACAACACGCCUUGGUCAUCGUGUUGGGAGAAUGAUUCAGUCACUUUUCCCACAAAAUCCUGAUUUCCGUGGUCGGCGUGUUGUGACAUUUCACAAUCAACGAGAUUAUAUUUUCUUCCGCCAUCAUCGAUACAUCUUUGAAACAAAGGAAAGUAAACAGCAAGACCCAAAAAGCAAAAAGGGGAAGGAUGCCGAGGAUAAGAGCACUGGUCAGCAAGUAAUUGCCCGCCUUCAGGUUGGGAUUGGUUUAGUGAUUUCUGUUUCUUGCAUUUUUCCCUUGGCCCUAGUAUCUGAAGCCUAGAUUAAUCCUUUUAGCGAAUGAUGUGGGUAUUUUGACAUGUUUGCUGUAAUAGCUUUCCUCUGGUUCAAUAUUUCCAACGACAUAACUUGUGUCUUCGAAUGACAAUUUUCCAGGAGUGUGGCCCUCGAUUUGUCCUGAAGUUGAAAAGCCUCCAGCAUGGAACAUUUGAUACCAGAGGUGGCGAGUACGAAUGGGUUCACAAGCCGGAAAUGGAUACUAGCCGGAGAAGAUUCUUCCUGUGAAUUAUUGGAUCAUUCACUCGAGAUCCUGUCUGAGAGUCCUCCUAGUUUUCGCUGUGGAUUUCCUUCUAUAGUCUCUUCGAUCUUCUCCAGUUUUGUCGCGAUCAAUCGUCGAAGGAGUUAGUUUUGAUAUUGUAAAGCACUUCCUAAAUAGGCUUUGUAAGUCAAAAUGGGAUUAUAUUUCGUUAGCUUGCUCUGUAACAGGAGGCUUUUAAUCUAUAAAUUGUAUCGCCUUAUCCGUGAAGCAACAACUUAGCUUGCACUCCUAUUCCUAUAUAAUGUUUGGCUAAAUUUAAAGAGGUUUACAAAAUUCAGA